GGUGGGUUUGGUGGUAACCUUACCCAUUCGUGUGUGUGGGGGUUUGGGGGGGUCAUUAGAUACUGAGCUUCCUUCCCUGUCCUAUGCUUACCGUGCCAUUUCCACGCUCCCUCGGGUCGCUUCUUCUCCGCCGUCCACGCCUCACCCAGCGACAGCGACUGCCGUUGUCCCGCGCCCUAUCAGCGAUAUCAGCCAUGGCCGACACGCCCGCGUCCUCGGUCUCCUCCUCGACCACGGAUGCGCACGCAUACGAGCCGCGCUACAUCGACAUCGGGAUAAACCUUACGGACCCGAUCUUCACGGGGGUGUACCACGGGCGCCAGGUCCACGCCUCGGACCUUUCCGGAGUGAUCUCGCGGGCGCGCGCCACAGGCUGCCGCAAGCUUCUGGUGACCGGCAGCGACGUGGAGGAGUCGCGCCGGGCGCUGUCACUGGCGGAGGAGCACGCGGGGUACAUCUGGGCGACGGCGGGGGUGCACCCAUGCAGCGCGGGGAAGUUUGGCGACGACGAGGCGGCCGCCGAGAAGUACCUGGAGGAGCUGCAGGAGCUGGCGAUGCACGAGGGCGUGGCGGCGUUCGGCGAGAUCGGACUCGACUAUGAUCGCCUCAUGCUGUGUCCUAUGGAUGUCCAGAGGAAGUGGUUCGCCAGACAGCUGGAUGUGGCGGAGAUGGUGGGGAAGCCGCUGUUUCUGCACUCGAGAGCCGCCGCGGAGGAUUUCGAGAAGGAGCUGUUCCCCCGUCUGGGAAGGCUCAAGGGCGGAGUUGUGCAUAGCUUUACGGGCACUGUGGAGGAGCUGCGGAGGCUCGUGGACAAAGGCCUGUAUGUGGGAAUCAAUGGCUGCUCGCUGAAGACGGAGGAGAACCUGGAAGUCGUCAAGGAGUGUCCCCUAGAGUUCCUUCUGCUGGAGACGGAUGGGCCCUGGUGCGAGAUCAGACCUAGCCAUGCGAGCGCAAAGUUCCUGAAGGGGUUGGACCCAUUGGUGGGCGCACCGGCGGUGAAGAAGGAAAGGUGGGUGGAGGGAAGGUUGGUCAAGGGAAGGAAUGAGCCUGCCGCUAUCAGGGACGUGGCUGUCGUCGUGGCCGCAGUCAAGGGCAUUGAAGUUAGAGAGGUGGUUGAGGCGGCGUGGAGAAAUACGGUGAAGCUGUUCGGGAUGGGAGAGAAGUUGGAUGAGCCAUAGAUGAAAUGACGGGAUUCGUUCGAUAAAAGGUACGGAGAACUACAUAGACUAUCAAUCCGAAGAGAAUCGAAUUACAUAGAUACGGCAUGAAUCACGGCCCAAUAAACCAGUUACUCGGCCACGUCCAUCAGGAAAUUAUG